CCGACCGCUUGUCAUCUGAGYGUCCCAGCACCCCUCGCCACACCUUGUUCAGCUCAGCCCUGUGGCAGGGGGGAGCCUAUAAGUGUCUCCUUACGGUGUGAGAGAGGCCAAAGGAGCCAGCCAGCGUGGGGGACAGGGAGCAGCAGACACCUGGCACGGGCGUGCGGUGACACCGGGGCUGGUGACGGCUCCUCGCUGGGGGAACGCUCUCCUCGGCUCAGCAGGGUGUAUGCAUCAGGAGCAGGGAGUGCUCAGCCYGCCCAGGAAGCCAUGGACCCCACCAGCAUCCCCCCAGCCUCUGUGACCCCCUCGUGGGAUGUGUUCCCCCAGCAGACGCUGGAGCCCGUGGACAUCGCUGUGCUCGUGCUCUAUUUCCUCUUCGUCCUGGCUGUUGGGCUGUGGUCCAUGUGGAAGACGCAGCGCAGCACCGUCAAAGGCUAUUUCCUCGCCGGGGGACAGAUGGUCUGGUGGCCGGUGGGUGCAUCCCUGUUUGCCAGCAACGUGGGAAGCGGCCACUUCAUCGGGCUGGCAGGGUCGGGAGCUGCCGCGGGGAUCGCGGCCACAGCCUACGAGUGGAACGGGAUGUUCUGUGUCCUGGUGCUGGCCUGGCUCUUCCUGCCCAUCUACAUCGCCUCGGGGGUGACGACCAUGCCAGAGUAUUUACGGAAACGUUUCGGAGGCAAAAGAAUUCAGAUAUUCCUGGCCGUUCUCUACUUGUUCAUCUACAUCUUCACCAAAAUAUCAGUGGACAUGUACGCUGGGGCCCUGUUCAUCCAGCAGGCCUUGCACUGGGACCUGUACAUCGCUGUGGCCGGGCUGCUGGCCAUCACUGCCGUGUACACCGUGUCUGGUGGCCUGGCAGCUGUGAUCUACACUGAUGCCCUGCAGACCCUCAUCAUGCUCAUCGGGGCCGUGUCCCUCAUGGUCUUCAGUUUUAUUGAAGUUGGUGGCCUUGAAGGCUUGCAGGCAAAAUACUUCAGUGCCAUUCCYAGCAUCCGCAAGGAGAACAGCAGCUGUGGCUUGCCCAGGAAAGAUGCUUUCCACAUCUUCCGAGAUCCUGUGAGCUCUGACCUGCCCUGGCCAGGAGUUUUGGUGGGAAUGACCAUCCCAUCCCUGUGGUACUGGUGCACAGAUCAGGUCAUUGUUCAGAGGUCCCUUGCUGCCAAAAACCUUUCUCACGCCAAAGGAGGCUCUUUGAUGACCUCCUACUUGAAGAUUUUGCCCCUCUUUAUGAUGGUAAUGCCAGGCAUGAUCAGCCGGGUUCUCUUCCCAGAUCUGGUGGCUUGUGCAGACCCGGACAUUUGCCAAAAAAUCUGUGGCAACCCCUCAGGCUGUUCUGAUAUUGCUUAUCCCAAGCUGGUGUUGGAGCUCCUGCCUGUAGGGCUCCGGGGCCUGAUGAUGUCAGUGAUGAUAGCAGCCCUCAUGUCCUCCCUGACUUCCAUCUUCAACAGUGCCAGCACCAUUUUCACCAUGGACCUCUGGAAACACUUCCGCCCUCGGUGCUCGGAGUGGGAGCUCAUGAUCGUUGGCAGGGUCUUYGUGCUGCUGCUCACCGUGGUGUCCAUCCUGUGGAUCCCCCUGGUGCAGGCUGGCCAGGGCGGGCAGCUCUUCAUCUACAUCCAGUCCAUCAGCUCGUACCUGCAGCCGCCCGUGGCCAUGGUGUUCAUACUGGGCUGCUUCUGGAGAAGGGCAAACGAGAAGGGUGCCUUCUGGGGGCUGGURGUGGGGCUGCUGCUGGGUGUUGUCCGCCUGGUGCUGGACUUCAUCUACCCCGAGCCCCAGUGCGGUGACCCSGACAGCCGGCCCGGCGUGGUCAAGUACAUGCACUACCUCUACUUCUCCAUGGUGCUGGCGGCCAUCUCCACCCUCACCGUGCUCGUGGUCAGCGUGGCCACCGAGCCCCCGGCCCCCGAAAUGAUAAGUCGGCUCACCUGGUUCACACGUGGGGAUCCUCCGCCCAAGCAGGAGCUGGCAGCCAGCCCCGGCGCCGCCGCUGCCAAGGACCCGGCCGCUGUGCAGCUGGAGCUGAGCACUGCUCCUGAGAAUAGUUCAGAUGAUAACAAAUGUGCAGCUGAGGCCAAGGGCAGCUCCAAGCUGCUGAGCACCGUCCUGUGGCUCUGCGGGAUGGAGCGCAGGCAGGAGAGUGCCGAGAGUGCGCCCAAACCCGAGCCCCUGCCYGUGGCUUCCCUGGAGGAGAAACCGCUGGUGAAACACGUCCUGAACAUCAACCUGCUCCUCUGUGUGUGUGCCGGGGUGUUCCUCUGGGCGUACUUCGCAUAGCCAAGGGGAUGCCAGGCCACACGACAUCAACUAACUUUAAUUGGUGUAAAUAUUAAUGAUUAGCAGAGGGUUAAUGCAAUUCUUAAUGCUUUCUAAAUUUUAUUUCUUUAUUUAAGAAGACAGACCUGCCUCCCUAAUCCUUUUCUUAUUUCUAAUGGGGGCCUGGCUGUGUCUGGGGCCAAGCACUUGGCACUGGCACCAUCAGACCCCGACUGGCACCAACGAGCUGAGGAAGGUUGGUUUGGUUAUUUUAAAUAUUUAAUUUUGCUCUUUGGCCUUAGAGCACUGCCUGGAAUUCAGGAAGCCUGGAUUCUCUUCCUAUUUAUGCCUCUAUAACCAGCUACAACCACUUGGUUCAGCUCCUCCAGCCUUGAGGGACAAGGGACACCUCGAGUGGCCRGAGCAGAGCCAAGGGCUGUUGUCUGGGCCCUGCUGUGCCUCUGGCUCAGCUGUGCCCGUUCAGCUCCUUCCCUGUGUGCAGUGAGUGCUGAUGGGCCCGUCUGGGAGCUCUGGCUGAGUUACYAUCACUCACACUCCAAGGGUGACACCAGCACCCAGCAUGGAACUGCCCCAAAACUGCUGCGGGGCCACCUGAAGGAUCUGGACCAGCCAAACCCACCAGAACCCAAGAGCCUGGAUUGCUUCUCUUCCUGGCAGAGGUGCCCAGUGGCAGCCCCCAUAGCCUGGGCACCCACAGCUGUUCCAGGAGCACCUCAAUGGAGAACCCURGGCCAGGAGCACCGAGCGCUGUCACCAACCACUGUCACCCCUGUGGCAAGGGGUGGGCUGGGGACCAUCACCCACCCUGGCCCCACAGCCUCGUGCAGCUGCAGAGAAACAUUAAAGAGUGAAAGCUG